CUUAAAAAAGACCAUUAUCUGAGUGUGACUCAAAAUGUUCAGAUUCCUUCUCCUUUCGGCUCUAGUCCUUUGUGGACACUGUUUUGAAGAAUUAAGGGUUUACGAUGGAAGUUCACGUGUGGUAGGAGGAACCGACGCAAUUAAAAAUUCUUGGCCAUGGCAGAUUUCGCUACAGGUUCUCUCAGGUGGAGGUUGGUACCAUAUUUGUGGCGGAACUUUGAUCCGUUCUAAUUGGGUCUUGACAGCUGCUCACUGUGUCGACAGUUAUGAUACUUAUCGUGUGUCAUUGGGAGAUCAUAACAUUUAUGAAUCCGAACCAACUCGUCAGGUUAUCUCUGUGGACAAAGUAAUAUCUCAUGCCCAGUGGAACACCAAUGAUGUAUCAGCUGGAUAUGAUGUUGCUGUUAUUCGCUUGGCCACCAACGCCGUCCUGAACAAUGCCGUCCAACUCGCUCAAUUACCUGAGUCUAAUGUUAUCCUUGCAAACAACCAUCCUUGCACUGUUACUGGAUGGGGUUAUACCAGCACAAAUGGAGCAGUGGCAGCAGUUCUCCAAGAGGCUCCUCUACCAGUGGUGGACCAUAAAACAUGCUCUGGCCUUUUGUACUGGGGUUCAACCGUUAAGACUUCCAUGGUUUGCGCUGGAGGAAAUGGAGCUCAAUCAGGGUGUUUUGGAGAUUCUGGAGGUCCUCUUAACUGUCUAGUCAAUGGAGGCUAUGAAGUCCACGGUGUAACCAGUUUUGUUUCGUCUCGUGGAUGCAAUGCCAUACGCAAACCCACUGUGUUUACCAGAGUCUCGGCUUACACUAGCUGGAUUAAUGAUAAUAUUAAUGCUAACUCUUAAGAUGGAAUGAUGAAGCUGUGGAUAAAGGACUCAACCAACAAAUUUCACUGUUUUUCAGUAAAAUAAAGCAUUUUGUAUUGGUUACUGUCCCAUUCAUUUGAUAUACCAUGUGCAAUAAAACUUUAGUUCAUAUCAUUUGAGACAUAAACACGGUUAUUUAUUAAAUUGAGAAUCCAAAGGGAAUUUUAAAUGUAGGUUUGAAAUAGUUAAACUGGAAAAACUGCUGAUUUCACU